AUGGCUCACGCGUUUCUCACUGGCGCCGCCGUCGCGUCUCCGGGUUUCACCUCUGAUUUUGGCAAGAUCCCAGCGCAGCGCCAAGCUCCAUCGACGACGGGCAUUCGCAUCGCGCCGGUCCGCACUGAAGCUCCUCAUGUCAUUGCCACUGUCACCGCCUCCCCUAUCCCCGCGAAAGUUUCAGAUGCCGCCACCUCCAUGAAGGCACCACCUACCCUCGCCGACGAUAAUGCCUCACGAUGCCGCCGAUGCAAGAAUCCAUGCACCAAAGAAGAUCCCUGCACCGUAGCGCCUGAUUUUUACCCCUUCACGUCACUCCCGCCAACUCCGGUCUUCCCGUCGCACGCAGCCAUGGCGCAGUUUCUCCAAUCCUACGCUCGCAUGCUGCAGCACGUCCAAACCGCCACGUCGGGCGUAGCCCGAAUUGACCCCGUUGACCGCGUUGACCACAGCCAGGACGCCCUUGUCUCCGGCGAAUCCCUCGCCGCCGCUGGCACGACCGUGCUGAAGCGCGUGCGCGUGGGAAUCCGUGCGCUGCUGCGCCACCCGGCGCACGGAGUUCCGUCGGGCCGCGGGGGGGCGUGGUGCGCAAAGAAGGAGCGCGCGGAGGAGGUCCUUGCGGAGCUGGAGCGCGAUAUUGAGGUCAUUCGCUCUGCCCAUGAGCGCCCGCCCCGCGCUACGACGCUCGCACUUGCGACCAUUCACUGCUUCGACGCCGCUCGGAUCAUCCGCACGCUGUGA